UAGAAAAUGUUCUGUUAGAUCAUAUACAUAUCUGACUUAAUUAUUUAGAUGGUCGUAAUCGUGUAUCGAUUGGAUUAUCACUUUUUAAAAAAAAAAUUAAUUUUAUACACAAAUUAGUUAAUGUCUAUUAAUCAAGUUUUUAUGAUUAGUUUUUCACAAACUUUAAGAGUGUGAUGAAGUCACAAAAGAUAAAGAUAAAAUCAAUUUAGAAGUACUUUUUGUAUUUUUUAUUUAUUUUAAAAAAUUAAAUAAAUAUUUAAAUUUUUUAUUUUUUAAAUAAGUGUGUUUUGAUUUAAUUUUUUUUAGAACAAACAGAAUUGAGGCGUUCUCCCUGCACCUCACCACCCUCAUCCUGCACCUCCAAAAAAAAAAUAUAAUUCCAAAAGUGCCCUUUUACCAGUUAACGAGGAGAGAGGAGAGAGAGAAAAAAAAAUUUAAUUAAAAAGAUUAUAAAAUUUGAAAAGCAGUCAUCUUCUUCCCCUCCCCUGCCACAAUUCACUCUGCCGCAUUUCACAAACCCUAGAUCUACACUCCUCCUUCCUCCCUCUUUUUCUCUCCGUCCUUUCGUCUGUCUGUGUCUCUGUGUCUCUGCCAUCCGCUCCGCUGCUCUGCUCGGGUUCGUGGCUGGUGUCCAGAUAUGGUUAAAACUAGAGGUGGAUAUCAUGGUGAGGCUUCAUCCUCUCAUAGUGAGCCAUCAGAUGAAAGAAGACGACCUACGGCAUCUGCUCGUAGAAGACGAGUAGAAGAAUAUCGCGCGGACGUUAUUCAUGAGCAUGAUAAUGAGGAGCAGGAAGAGUUAUUACAGCAUGGACAUAGUCAGGAUGAUUACGUUGAAGAGGAGGAUAUUCAGCAGCAGCAUGACUGUAAUCAACAAGAACAUGAAGGUGAAGGUGAAGAUGAAGAUGAAGACCAAGCUGAAGAUGAUGGAUUCCCAGGAGGUCCACAUGACACCUCCUUACUUACUCACUAUACCCAGCAUGUUGCAUUUGCCAUAUGGCAAGGCCGGGAUCGAAGGGGGAUAAAGGUUGUCACCCAUGACAAAAAAUUGAAGCAUUUUGGAAUGGCAAAAAAUAACAUAAAACAAUAAAUUUAAAUUAUAAAUAAUAACAUAAUAACAAAAACAUUAAAAAAUUAACAUAAAACAAUAAAUUUAAAUUAUAAAUAAUAACAUAAUAACAAAAACAUUAAAAAAAAAUCAAAAAAACAUGUAAAAAAAACUGCAGCAAUUUCACUAAAAAAACCAUGCAUAACCGCACUUCGAAGUGCGGCGACAACAUGAAAACGCACUUCGAAGUGCGACACCUACAAAUUUCUAAACGCACUUCGAAGUGCGGCCUAAACCCUAUUACUACCCACACCAACACCUCACUCAGAACUCACUGUCUUCUUCCUCUCCCUCACGCUCACAUAAAAAAAUCUCCCAAAACCUAGACCACCACCCCCACCCCAGCAUUGUAUAAUUACAAAAACAUUAAAUAAAAAAUUUGCAUAAACCAUAAACAAGAAAAAAUUAAACAAAACAUGAAAAAAAAAAUAAAAAAACCACAACGCACUUCAAAGUGCGUC